CUGGGAGUCGUAGUCCGCCCCUUCUGCAAAGACGGUUCCCGGGGCCUGUUUUCCCUCCGAUGAUGGCGGCGGGGGGCUUGGGGGAGCGUUGGUGGGCGCAGCUGCCGCAGCACGCCGCCCUGUGCCGCCUCAGGGACCAGGCCCAAACCCAGGCCCAGGCCCAGGCCCAGGCCCAGGCCAGUCCCGAAGCCUCGGAGCAACUCAAGGCAGCCCCUCUCCCUCGGGACCUGAUGCUGGGCCUGGGCUCGGAGCUCUUCCUCUGGGACGCCGAGAGGGCCGCCUUCUACGUCCUCGGCCUCCGGGGCCUGGGCGACGAGCCCGAAGGACUAGGCCGCUACCAGACCUUGCUGUGCAUCAAUCCGCCCCUUUUCGAGGUCUAUCAGGCGGCGCUGAGCCCGACGCAGAAGCAUGUGGCGCUCAUUGGGACCAAGGGGCUGAUGGCGCUGGAGCUGCCCAAACGUUGGGGGAAGAACUCCGAGUUCGAAGGCGGGAAGGCGACCGUGAAUUGCAGCACUAUACCUAUCGCCGAAAGGUUCUUCACCAGUUCGACAACUCUGACGCUGAAGCAUGCAGCCUGGUUCCCAAGUGAGACCCUGGAGCCCCACGUUGUGCUGUUGACAUCUGACAACACAAUACGGAUUUACAGCCUGAGUUUGCCUGAGACCCCCGUGAAAGUGAUUGCUCUUUCCUCAGCUGCUGAUGAGGAGAUGCUGAGGCUUAACAAAGGGAGAGGCUACACAGCGUUGAUCGGCGAGACGGCUGUGGCUCUUGACUUUGGCCCCCUGACAGCAGUUCCCAAAAGCAUUGCUGAGCAGCGAGAGAAAGAGGAGGUGCUGGCAUACCCUUUGUACAUCUUGUACGAAAAUGGGGAGACCUUCCUGACCUACAUCAGUCUGGUCCACAGUGCUGGGAACAUUGGCAAGCUGUUGGGUCCGCUGCCCAUGCACCCUGCGGCCGAAGACAACUACGGAUACGACGCUUGCGCGGUUCUGUGCCUUCCGUGUGUCCCCAACAUCUUAGUGAUCGCCACCGAAUCGGGAAUGUUAUAUCACUGCGUGGUGUUGGAAGGAGAAGAGGAUGACGAACAAAUGUCUGUCAAAUCCUGGGAUUCAAGAACGGACCUCAUCCCGUCCCUCUAUGUGUUUGAGUGCGUCGAACUGGAGCUUGCGCUGCGUCUGGCCUCGAAAGAGGGAGAGGAGCCGCUGGACCCGGACUUCUCCUGCCCAAUUAAACUGCACCGAGAUCCGAAAUGUCCCUCGCGCUACCACUGUACACAUGAUGCCGGCGUGCACAGCGUUGGCCUUCCCUGGAUCAACAAGCUGCACAAAUUCCUCGGCUCAGAUGAGGAAGACAAGGACAGUCUGCAAGAACUGGGAGCCGAACAGAAAUGCUUUGUGGAGCACAUCCUUUGCACCAAGCCUCUGCCAUGCAGACAAUCCGCCUCCAUUAGAGGGUUUACCAUCAUCUCAGACAUCUUGGGCCCCACAAUGAUCUGCCUCACUGGGUCUUACGAAUGCAUCACCAAGCCUCUUCUUUCUGCCGUCCACCCUCCCUGCCCUCCACUUCUGUGCACCAAGGAAGACUCUCAGGUUAUGGCCUCACCCCUCCGCAUCGUGGCUGAAUCGCAAGACUCCUUCGAGAGACACAUCCAGAGCAUCUUGUCUCGCGUCUCUGCCAAUCCGUUGCUGUUGAAGACGGCGGAUAAAGAGUCUUCUCCACCCCCCGACGAAUGCCUUCAGCUUCUCAGCAGAGCCACCCAAGUGUUCAGGGAAGAAUACAUUCUGAAACAGGACUUGGCCAGAGAAGAGAUCCAGCGAAGAGUGAAAUUGCUGCGUGAACAGAAGAAGAAGCAGCUGGAGGAUCUUGGCUACUGUCGAGAAGAAAGGAAAAGCCUGCGGGAGAUGGCAGAGCGCCUGGCCGACAAGUACGAGGAAGCCAAAGAGAAACAAGAAGACAUUGUGAACAGGAUGAAGAAGGUGCUGCACCGUUUUCACUCUCAGCUGCCCGUCUUGUCGGACAGCGAAAAGGACAUGAAGAAAGAGCUGCAGACAAUUCAAGAGCAGUUGCGGCACUUGGGAAACUCUAUCAAACAGGUUAAAAUGAAAAAGGAUUACCAGCAAAGGAAAAUGGAGAAGGGGACCAGCCCCCGGACGCCCAGCAUCUCCCUCAGCACCUAUCAGAGGAAAUGCAUCCAGGCCGUUUUGAAAGAGGAGGGAGAACACAUCCAGGAGAUGGUGAAACAGAUCAACGACAUCCGGAACCAUGUCGCCUUUUAGGCUGCAUCACAAACGCCGCCGUUAACUUUGUGGAAUGUGAAUGAGAUGCCUUUCUCCUAAUUUAUAAGUUGUUUGUAUCAUUGUUUUUUUACAUUGUCCACAUUGUUUAAUAAAUACCUUUUUAAAGAAGUCCACCUGAGGAUAAAACAAA